AAUGACUAAGACCUUGGUUUACCCGUUUUCUUUCCUUGCAGCACUAUUGGCACUGUAUUGUAGGAACGCCCCACAAGACUUGCCGUUUCUGAGAUCCUCUGACUCCAUCAUACAACCAUCACUAUUUGGCCUUUGUCAACCAUCACUCAGACCUUUUACUUGCCCAUUUCCCUGCUUUCAACACACGCAAUAAAAUAUACUGUUCACUUGAUUAUAUCCCACCCCUUGGCAGCUACCACUGUAAUGAUAUAAACAAUAUUAUUCACUUCAUCCAUCAGUGGUUUUAUUGUUGUGACUGAUCAGUGUAUACGCUAGAUUUCAAAUGUUUUUCUUGCUGAAAUGGUCAACACAAUGAGUGUUUUGCAGGGCGUCUUUUAAUUUGUUCCAACUUGUACGUAUGACCUUUCUCUUAUGUAUUUUUUUUUUUUUUUUUUAAACCUCUCCUUUCUGCCUUCUCUCGAUCACUCCUUCCACCUUCUUUUUCCCUCCCCCUUUCCUUCAUCUUCCUUUAUUUUCAACUUUCAACACAUACAAGUUACUUAACCAAUUUGAAAACACGGGACCACCUCCUGCUGACAAUGAGAAAAUCCAGGCUCUCCCUAUAAUCCAGAUAACAGAGGAGCAUGUUGGUAAGUGAGACUGUUUAGCACCAGUAAUCCAUGUUAAUACAGUCUAAAUCUUAGAGUAGAUUAUGUCACCACAUAUCCCUGAAAAGAUUACUACUCUCUUUUAUAGAAUGCGAUUCAUAGAAGCAAUUCUUAUGCACCUCUUAAUAUCUAGGUAAUACUUUUUUUUUUUUCUGCUCAACCUAAUACGACUGGAAAACUGUGAAUCUGGUUUGAAACAGUUUGCUGUGUUGUGUUCUUCCCUGUGUUUCAGUGUCUUCAGCUGAUACAGCAAAAUUGGCACUGUCCUCGCCCCAUCUUUAUUUUUUGCCUGGCCAUACUGCUAAACUAGAUUAUUGUGAAAGCUGUUAGAGGUGUAAGAUAAGUGAACAAAUGUCAUCUUGGGACUGGUGUAUUUGGAUGCAUUUUUUUGGAUGCAAUAGCUCUAUUCACUAAAUAGCAAAUGGUAAGGAAUUGAAAAGUGAAUUGCUACAGUAACCAAGCUGUGACUAUAUCGCAGUUGCUAUUUUGGCCUACAUGUUGCAGUACUUGAAAUUCAGUUUUAUUUCACUUUCAGUCACUGACCAUUGACACUUUUGCAAAUAUCCAUUUUAAAUCUUCUGGUUGUUGAAAAAUAAAUAAGCCUUAAAAAGGGACACCCCAGACCCAUAAAACUCUUCAGUCCUCUUUUUAUUUUAUUAUUUUUUAUUUUAUUUUUAAAUUGGGGGGGGGGAUCAGAUUUCAAUCGUAAUUGUCAUCCUUCAAAAUUAACCUUAUUACAUGGGAGAACAAAUAGUCCUCUAACAAACGUAGAAAGUAAUCAUGUCAAAAGAGUUGUUCCUGAAUAUUUUAAGCAAAUACAUCCACCACUAUGGGAGAUGGGAGUAGCCAGUGUUCGCUAAAUUAAAAAAAACAAAAAUGGUAUCACUAUACCUUCAUUAUAAUGGAGCCAAAUAUCUCCGAAUUAUACAAUCAGUGGUGUAAAUGUUAUGCAGGAGCAGAACCUACAAGUCUAUUCAAAAAUUUGCUCAUAGUAUAAAAUAUGGAAAUUGCCACAAGAUGCAAAGAAAAGAUAAAACCACUACAUCUAUCAAAUAUGAGGAAUUGGGUCAAUCAAUGACACUCCAAGGAAGGGCUAUUGGAGGUUGUUAAAUAGUCCAACAGUAAGCGAUAUCCUAAAAAUAUAAAUUCUAUUUUAAAAAGGCUAGUAAAAUACCACAAGGAUACUGGUAAGUAUAACUUGUUACAAAAGGCAAGGCUGACAGAUAUCAGUUUGUGUCUGCAGUGGCAAAAGGGGAAAAAGACUUAAAAAGGGAAGAAAGAACUCAAGUAAAAGUAACACUCAUAGAAUUGGAUCAAUAUAUUAUGGAUCCAAAAUGGUACAAAUUAACAUUUUCAUUUUAUAAGUAGUAAUAAAGACCCAAUGAGAGAGAAUAGCAUAAAAAUGUGGUGUAGUUGCUUACCUUUUUUAAUUCUUGUAAGGGUUUUCAUUUCAAAGAUCUACCUGGAUUCGUGCUGCAAAAGUUCAAUAUUUUUUUCCUUUUUGUGGAUUUCAUUUGAUCUUUUCAAAAGCCAAAAAGACAAAUGAAAUGCAUCACCAACCUGUACAAGAUGACAUUUGCUGCCUUUGCAACCCCUCCCCAGCCCAGUUUUUCUGUUGCUGUUCAAUCACAUUCUUCCCAAUGCAGCUCAAGUAGAAGUCUUUGCAAGGCAGGUGCUCUAAGCAAUUACUUGCCUCUUGAGUUUAGCUUCACUGAGCUAACCAAACCAGGAAGUAACAGAACCUGUUGUCUGCUGGAUAGCCAGAUGGUGUAACCAGGUUCAUUUAAGAAAAUUAAGAUUUAAAAAAAAAUAAAAAUUGAAAUCUGCACUUUUUGUAAAAGAAACACACUCUUCACGUACACCGCUUUUCAUCAAGGUGAAGUGCUUUAGGGCUCUACUUUUUACCAUGUAUUGAUAAUUGCACAAACAAGUUAUAAGGUACACCGCGAAAGUUGAGAAACAAUGAAAGAGCUGAUUAUUGUGCAAGUUAUUGGUGACCAAUAACAAUUAUAGUAGGUUUAAUCUAGGGACCAUCGUAAUGCUUCUCUAACCUGAAGACCCCUGUAAGCCAAAUCAUUUAUAGAAACAUAGAAUGAGACAGCAGAUAAGAACCAUUUGGCCCAUCUAGUCUACCCAAUUCUCUAAAUACAUUCAUUAGUCCCUGGCCUUAUGUUAAGUCUAAGAUAGCCUUAUGCCUAUCCCACGCAUGCUUAAACUCCCUUAGUGUGUUAACCUCUACCACUUCAGCUUGAAGGCUAUUCCAUGCAUCCAUUAUCCUCUCAGUAAAGUAAUACUUCCUGAUAUUAUUUUUAAACCUUUGUCCCUCUAAUUUAAGACUGUCCUCUUGCUGUGGUAGUUUUUCUUCUUUUGAAUAUAGUCUCCUCCUUUACUGUGUUGAUUCCCUUUAUGUAUUUAAAUGUUUCUAUCAUAUCCCCCCGUCUCGUCUUUCCUCCAAACUAUACAUGUUAAGAUCCUUUAACCUUUCCUGGUAAGUUUUUAUCCUGCAAUCCAUGAACCAGUUUAGUAGCCCUUCUCUGGACUUUUUCCAAAGUAUCAAUAUCCAUCUACAGAUACGGUCUCCAGUACUGCGUACAAUACUCCAAGAGAGUAGGUUGCUGUAGCCAGUUGUUUGGAGGUGGUGGAAAGCCAAGUGACUAAACAAGAACAUCCGAUAAAUCUGAUGAUCUAGUCUAGCGGUUACUAAAGGAAGCGACUCUUGACUCAUUGACUAUUUAAUUUCUGCAUGAUUAGUCUCUAGAUUUCAUAUUUUUAACAGUCCUGCUUUUAUAACUGCUUAUCUUUCUAGGUUCCAGCCUGGAAUGUCCUGUUUGUAAAGAGGAUUAUACAAUUGGUGAAAAUGUGCGACAACUACCAUGCAAUCACUUAUUUCAUAAUGACUGCAUUAUUCCUUGGUUAGAACAGGUCAGUAAUAAUUUUUCCGCUCUAAACCACUGUAGUUAAACAAAGUCAAUUUCAGCUGUCAGUUGUCAUAGUGUUAAGAAAUGCUAACUCGAGCGAGAGCGCACGCGCGCUUACACAGCAUUAGCAUUUGUGAGUAGGGAGACUACACUCUUUACCCGACUUUUUGUCUUUAACUAUAGCUACCACGCACAGUUUAGACAAUAAUCCCCACUACAAAUUUUUGUAUCAAAUUGCAACAUAUCCCAGACAAGUCUUGGCAAAUACCUGGCUGGGACUCCCAGAUAAUAUUGAGCACAUAUCCCAGACAAGUCUUGGCAAAUACCUGGCUGGAACUCCCAGAUAAUAUUGAGCACUCUGUACCCGACUUAUUGUCUUAAAACUACAGCUACCACGCACUGUUUAGACCGUAGUCCACUCACGUAUGUGAGCUACUUUAUGCAAGUCUCAGACAAGUGUUGAUUUUAUUCGAUUUGAUUUUUUUUUUUUUUACACACAUUAAGUUCUCUACUGUACCCUUACUGUUUCCCGCAACUAGUAGGGUAUUCCACUCCAAUGGAUACUCUACCAAUAUCCUUUUUAGUGCCCCUCUUUCCCCUCCUUGGUCCCCGCUCCCCGGUGUGUCUCUUGGUAGCGUGGCCGCUCUCAGUGAGCACUUCCUUUCAGACCGGCCCGGUACAGGAAACAUAAGUUCCUGUAUCGUGGUGCGCACUGCUCCGCUCGGCGACGCUACACAGAGUGCCAGGCAGGAGGGUGCGCUGUGCACCCAUCUCCUGCUGGUCACUCCGAUCUAGCGCCCCCAGGCCGGAGCGCCCUAAGGCGGCCGCAUGUGCCACCUUAUGGACGCACAGGCCCACUCAUACAUUAUCGGUUUUGCCGGUGAUUAUCUGCUGAAAUCAAUACUUACAAAAAAAUCUGAAUAUCAGCAAAACCUUCUGGGAUAUUAAACAAAAAUUAAUUUACAAGAAAACAUGACUGAUCACUUUCUAGAACAUAAUCGUCGAGCCCUAAUAUUUAGGAUUAUUGUGCCCGCCCGCCGCUAAUAACAUAAGGAUGUGUUCUCCCCACAUAUAUUUUGGAAUAUGUAGAAUAGGUGAGUUUUGAUAUGGAUAUGCGGAUGACACGCAAAUCUACCUGUCCUCUCCUGAUCUCUCCCUGUACCUCUUGACUAGUGUCUCUGACUGCCUCUCUGCUAUUUCUAACUGGAUUGCUUCCCGCUUCCUUAAACUCAACUUGACUAAAAUUCUGGUCUUUCCUCCCUCAAGUGUUGCUACUCCUGUGUCUGUCUCCCUCCAAGUUAACGAUGCUGCCAUCAGCUCCACCGCGCAGGCUUGCUCGUGUUCAGUCUAUCGACAAAUCCUUUUGUUUCGAUCUCAAAAAACAUUGCGCAGAUGCGACCAAGGUGCUGGUCCAUUCCACUGUCCUUUCUCGCCUUGACUACUGUAAUCCGCUUCUCAGUAUUCUUACGUGCUCCCAACUUGCGACGUUACAGUCCAUGAUGAAUGCGGCGGCGAGGCUCAUCUUCCUGUCCUCCCACAUCUCACCCUUCUGUCAGUCCCUACGUUGGCUUCCUGUAAGAUAUAGAGCUCAAUUUAAAAUUCUGGUUCUUGCUUUCUAAUCGCUACAUAAUGCUGCUCCCACCUAUCUAUCCUCCCUAAUAAACAAGUAUGUUGUGUCUAGGCCCUAACGCUCUGCUGAAGACUUAUGUCUAUCUUCUGUUCGGAAUUCCACCUCUGAUGCUCGCCUUCAAGACUUCUCGAGGGCUGCACCGUUCCUGUGGAACUCUCUUCCCUCCUCCGUUAGAUGCUCACCCAGUCUCCAAUCCUUCAAAAAAAUCAUUAAAAACCUACUUCUUUGUAAAAGCGGAUCAAUUAAACUGUUAAUAACUCCUGACUGAUUCCUCUCUUGCAACUGUCGUUAGUCUACUACUAUCCUUACCUUUUGUGUCACUUUACCCCACUCCCUCUAGCAUGUAAGCAGGGCCCUCAAGCCAUCUGUUCCUGUGUGUUCAACUUGUCUGGUUACAACUACAUGUCUGUUCAUCCACCCAUUGUAAAGCGCUGUGGAAUUUGUUGGCGCUAUAUAAAUAAUAACCUAAUAAUCAUAAAGUAUAUGUUCUAAUACGUGUUUUCUAUGUGAGAGAAAAAAUGAGGCCUUAUGAUCUUCCUUUGUCCCUCUCCAUUAGGUGUAUCUUGAAAUGACAUUAGUAACUGUGCUCGUUGGGCUAGAAUAAUUUACAGUCUUGAAGGGGUUUGACCAUAAAUCAGUUGUAGAUUUUUAGAUUCGAUUAUGUUUUCAUUGUCUGUUUUUAAUGUUGGCCCUCUUAUUUUUUUAUUCUUAUUUUUUUUUCUAUUUGAUUCUGUUAAAUCAUGUUAAAAAGAAGGGAAUUGCUAUUAUUUCCAAAAAAGGAGUUAAAGUGUAAAAUAUUAUGCCAAUUGGAUUGAUUUGUGAAAUACAAGAUUUAAUCUAUUAAAUUGUCGCUAUUUUUGCCCCCAACAACAAACUGUACCAUUAGUUCACAGAAUUCUAGUGAAAGUUGCGAAAGGACUAAUUGUAAUUGCUGUAGAUUUCAAUAUUGUUCUAGAUGUAGCUUGGCAUACACGGAUAUAAAAUAAACAAAAUAUUAGAGAAUUCAGCUAAGAGGCUCUCAAAUUUUAAAAAUGUAAGCUUUAUGUUGAAGAAUAUACAAUAAGAAAAACAAAAGGGUUUUUCUCCACUGCCCAUUUUUCCUAUUCUAGAAUUGAUUUGUCAUUGGGACCUGAACCUAUGUUGCAAGUAGUUUUACAAUAUAAAAAAAAUAACGCACUGUGGUCAGAUCAUAAUGAAAAUACUAUGGGUAACAAAAUCAAACGUCAAAUUCAAAACAGAAUGGAGGCUGAAUGAUGGCCUUCUGGGAUAUUAAACAAAAAUGAAUUUACAAGAAAACAUGACUGAUCACUUUCUAGAAAAUAAAGUUCAGGUCUCUACAUGUUAAUUUAUUUUUUUUAUAAACCACAUACAAGUGUUAUAGGAGGCAAUUUGAUCAAAUUAGAAACAAUUGCAAACCGAGAAAGAGGUUAUGAUUCACGAUCGUUAUGUAUGAAAUAUUAUGAGUAAAUUGAAAAAACAAACAAAAUAGCCAAAAAAAAAUCUAUAAAAUUAUAAACAACAAGACUAUUCUAUCUCCUGAAAAAAUUGGCAAAAUAUUUAUUGUAAAUCUUUGUAAAAUUUUACAUCUGAAACUGAUCCUCCAAAAAAUAGACGAAUCCAAAAUUCCAAAAUAUUUAGAGCAUCAAAAUGAAGUGGCAUUCUUCAUCUGAACACACUAGCUUGCAUGGUCAAAUUCUCACACAUGCCCACUUCAUAGUUGACCUGGGCAUUCAUUUUUGGCUGAAUUUCAGCCACUUUUCCAAAAGAUCAAUGAACGAAUAGGAAUUACAAAGAAUGAAAGGAAGAAUUGGUUGUUGGACAAAAUAUGGGACACCUAUUAAAAUAGGGAUGCACCAAAAUUUCUGCUGCCAAUUUUUUGGCCUAAAAUGGGUCUAUCCCAUCAAAUUUCCCGAGAUAAAAAAAAAAGAAAAACAUUUUUUUUACUUUUUUUUGUAGUGCAUAGUUUAACAGGCAUGCUUACAUUAUUAUUAUUUAUUAUUAUUAUUAUUUUAAUUAUAUAGCACCAUCACAUUCCGUAGCGCUGUACAUUGGGUGGACUAACAGACCUAUAAUUUUAACCAGACAAUUGGACAUACAGGAACAUGGAGGUGGAGGGCCCUGCUCAAUGAGCUUACAUUCUAGAGGGAGUGGGGUGUAGGGACACAAAGGGUAAAAGUAUGGGUACGAAGUAGGUUGUUAGAAAAGUAUUCAUUGAGGGCUUAGUAGGUAAUUUUUGACAGUUGCAUGAGAGGAGUCAUGGGGGUGGGGAUAAAAACCUGCUUACAGUUUAACUGAUAUGCUUUCUUAAAGUGAGUUUUCAAUGAUUUUUUGAAUGAGUGGAGACUGGGUGAAAGUCUUACGGAAAAGAGAAGGGUGUUCCACAGAAGAGGUGCAGCCCUGGAGAAAUCUUGGAGGCGAGGUGGGAGUGCGGACAGAAGAUAGAUUUAGGUCUUUGGCAGAGCGAUGGGACAUACUUGUGUAUUAGGGAGGAUAGGUAGGUUGGAGCAGCAUUAUUUAGGGACUUGUAAGCAAGCAUCAGAAUUUUAAAUUGAGCCCUAUAUUUAACUGGAAACCAGUGCAGGGACUGACAGAGCGGGGAGGCGUGGGAGGUGCGAGCGGACAGGAAAAUGAGCCUCGCCGCCGCAUUCAUUAUAGAUUGCAGCGGUGCAAUCUUGGAACAUGUAAGACCACUGAAAAGGGUAUUGCAGAAGUCAAGGCGAGAGAUAACAAGAGCAUGGACCAGCACCGUAGCUGCAUCUGGGAUUAAAUAGGGGCGAAUGAGCGCUAUGUUUUUGAGAAGCGACAGGAUUUGGUGAUUGAUUGGAUAUGAGGGGUGAAGGAGAGGUUGGAGUCAAAAAGAACACCCAGGCAGUGAGCAUGUGAGGUAGAGGUGAUGGUAGUGCCGUUGACUUGGAGGGAGACAGACACAGGAGUAGUUACACUUGAGGGAGGAAAGACCAGAAGUUCUGUUUUGGACAGGUUGAUUUUAACCCCUUAAGGACCAAACUUCUGGAAUAAAAGGGAAUCUUGACAUGUCACACGUCAUGUGUCCUUAAGGGGUUAAGGAAGUGAGCAGCCAUCCAGUUGGAGAUCGAAGAGAGGCAGUCAGAGAGACGAGUCAAGAUGGUUGGAGAGAGAUCAGGAGAGGAUAGGUAGAUUUACGUGUCAUCCGCAUAGAAAUGAUAACGGAAGCCAAAAGAGCUGAUGAGUUUCCCAAGGGAGGCAGUAUAGAUAGAGAACAGUAGGGGACCAAGGACAGAACCUUGGAGGACGCCAACAGAAAGAAAGUGGUUGGGGGGAAGAGACAGUCAUAGAAAGAAACACCAAAAGAGCGCUGGGAGAGGUAGGAGGAGCACCAGAAGAGAGCAGUAUCCCGUGGACCAAAAUUACGGAGAAUGCAAAGAAGCUGUUGAUGGCAGCAGAAAGAUCAAGGAGAAUUAGUUUAGAGUAGUGGCUGCGAGAUUUAGCAGCGAUUAGGUCAUUGGAUACUUUGGUCACAGCGUUUUCGACAGAAUGACCAGCGCGGAAUCCAGACUGAAGGAGGUCAAGCAGAGAGUUGGAUUCGAGAAAGUCAGUCAGUCUGAUGUACACAACUCUCUCGAGGAUCUUGGAGACAAAUGGCAAUAGCGAGAUAGGGCGGUAGUUGGAUGGUGAGUUGGGGUCAAGGCUGGGCUUUUUCAGAAUUGGGGUUACAGUUGCAUGUUUAAAGGGAGAGGGAAAUGUGCCAGAGGAAAGGGAGAUAUUUAAGGUUUUAGUGAGAGGAAGAGCAAGAGAGGGAGAUGCGAGGGAAUAGGAUCAAGGGAACAUGUGGUGGGGCGGGAGGACCGGAGCAGAGCAUGAACCACUUCUGCUGUAGCAGGUGUGAAUGAGUGCAGAAUGGUGGAGGGAGUGGGGUGAUAUAUUGGUAGGGGAAGGAGAGAGAUUAGCGAUCUCUUCUCUGAUUGUAGAGAUCUCAGUGAAGUGAGAUGCAAAGUUUAUGGCGGACAAGGUGGUAGAAGGAGGGGGAGUAAAAGGGCGAAGAAGAGCAUCAAAAGUGUGAAAUAGGUGUUUGUGUUGAUGGGACAGUGUACUUAUGAGGGUGUCAAAGUAGUAUACUUUUGCAGCGGAGAAAGCCAGGCUGUAGGAGCGUAGCAUAAAUUUAUAGUGGAGGAAGUCAGAUGCAAAGUGAGACUUUCUCCAGCAGCGUUCAGCAGUUCUAGAACAUUUUUGGAGGUAACGGGUGAGCUUGGUGUGCCUUGGUUGUAAUUGGGGGCGCUUGCUGCAUUUAAUUGCGAGAGGUGCCAUGAUGUCGAGUUAAGAGCAGAGAGUUGAGUUGUAGAGGGAGGUUGCAGAGGUAGGGCAAGUUAGAUUUGAGAUGGGUAAAAUGAGAGUUUGGAGUUUGGUGGAGAAAUGCUGGAGAUCAAGGCAGUUGAGGUUUUUGUGAGAUUGGAGAGUUGAGGCUGGUGAAAUUUGGGUGCGGGAUAUGCUGAUGUCAAAUGUUAUCAGAUGGUGGUCAGACAAUGGAACAGUGGAGAGAUUAGAGGUGGUACAUAGAUUGGUGAAGAUGAGGUCAAGAGUGUUUCCUGCUGUAUGAGUUGCUGAAGUAGACAACAGAGUGAGGCCAAAGGAGCAGGUUACAGAGUGCAGGCGGGAGGUAUCAGGGUAAUUGAGGUUGUUGAUUGGGAUGUUAAAGUCCCCAAGUAUGAGUGAGGGAGUGCUAGAGGAGAGAAAGUGGGGUAGCCAAGAAGAAAAGUGUUCAAUAAAUAGCCUAGGAUGACCGGAAGGGCGAUAGAUAAUGGCAAUUCUUAAAGGAGUGCGCUUAAAAAGGCGGACAGUGUGAACUUCAAAGGAAGUAAAGGAGAGGGCAGGGGCUUGAAAGGUACAUUGAGGGGAGAGAAGGAUGCCUACACCGCCUCCUUUACAGUCGAGUCUCGGAGUGUGGGAGAAUUGUAGUCCACCGAAACAUAAAGAAGCGAGAGUAGCGGUAUCAGAGGGGUCAGCCAGGUCUCAGUGAGUUAGAGAUGACAAGGUCGUGUAUAGCUGUUGAUUACUACAGAUUGAGUGGGCGUUCCAGAGUGCACACUGAAUGUUGGUAAAUGAGGAUAAACUGCAGGGUAUGUGGAUGAGGUUUGUGUGAUUUCUGGUUGUCUUAGUCUGGGCAGAUGAAGUGAAGGGCCCCAGGUUGGGUGAGACAUCACCAGCUGCUAGAAGUAGGAGGAGUGAUAGUGACAGGAGGUGUGAAUGGGUUUAAUGAGUGGGGUCUCUGAGAUGGAGGUAGAGCAGGAGAGAGAGAGAAUAGAGAAAUAAGUGCAGGGCUUGAGAUGAGAGAAGGGGGAUUGAAGCAGAGAAGGAUUAAUGUUAAUGUAAUUGUUGUUGAGGGAAGUGGGUGUAAGGAGAUAUUUUGAUGCUGAGAGAGAGAUGAGAGAUGAGAAGAUAGAGCAUUGCUCCUAUGAGUAGGCAUUUUGAGGAAAGCAGAAUGAGCAGAAGUAAGGAGGGUUAUGGCUGAGUGUUAGGGGUUAAGAGAAUGAGGGUGUGUGCUGAUUACUGGCAAUGUUUGCAGCUGUCAUGACCAAUCAUCUAAAUUUGUGUGUGAGAUUCUAUCUAUAAAUUUAGUAAGAAACUUGGGGUGGUGAGGGGUGGGUGGGCAUCUGAGCAAUGUCCUGGUUUGCUGCAGGGAGCUUUUAUCAAUAAAAUAAGGGGGGAGAGCAGAAAUAACAGAGAAAGUCUAUAGAGAUAAGCAGAUAGUUGAAUAAUAGUGAUGUCCCGAACGGUUCGCCGAACUGUUCGCCACGGACUCCAGUCAGCUGACACAUUCCAGCCAAUCAGCAGCAGACCCUCCCUCCCACCUCCUGGACAGCUCACUAAGAAUGCAGCUUCAAAAUGGAUGCUGUCCAGGAGGUGGGAGGGUCUGGGAGGGAGGGUCUGCUGCUGAUUGGCUGGAAUGUGUCAGCUGACUGGAGUCCGUGGCGAACAGUUCGGGACAUCACUAUUGAAUAACAUUCAAGUUAACAAAUCAACAAUGAUGAGUAGGGCAGGGAAAAUCUUUAAGAUGCAGAACAAGACAAACUACAAAAUACACAUACACACACACACACACACACACACUACAAUGACAGAGAAACAGUGUUUAAAGAUACAUUGUUUAAAAAAAAAAUUAAAAAAAAUAGUUAAAUACAAUAAAACAAUAGUGUCCACUAUUAGGGGUUUAUGGUGUCCUUGCUUAAGGCACUGGUUCAGCUGGAGAUGAUCUGAGCAAUGUCCUGGUUUGCUGCAGGGAACUUUUAAAACUCACAAUUCAGAUGAUUAUAUAGCACAAUGAAAGAUAGUAAUGAUAACAUGAAAAGUCAAGAAUACUGCACUUGGGAUGAGGGGAAGAACACUAUGGAACGGGGGGACAUUAAGCAGGGGGGACCACUAAAAGAGAAGGGAGUCUCUAAAAAGUCUAAUAAUACAAUUAUAGGGAAAAAAAAAAAUUCCAAAUCAUUUGGGGGAAAGUCAUUUUCGGUUUUUGGACAAGGGCAUCCUGAAUUUUCGGUUUCAGCCCAUAAUUUUCAUUUUGGUGCAUCCCUAUAUUAAAAUAAUUUUAUGGGGUAACAUAGUGACCUCUGCCUGUGGAUGACUGUUGGGGACCCUAAGUUAUAAUGGGGGAGGAAACCUUUUGUACCCCCUCCCAGCCCUAAAUGAUAAUGUGGAGAAACCGAUGGAUUCUCCACCCAUUGGCGGAGUGUGGGGGCCCUAAUUUAUAAUGGGGGCGAUUUUAUUGUCCACCCCAGCCCCGACCCAUUGUCUGUGGUUGGGCGCUCUGAAUAAUAAUGGUUGGUGGACUUAUAGUUCUUCUCCUCCUCCCAGACCCUACUCAUUUGCAGCGUGUGGGGGCCCUAAAUGAUAAGGGGGGAAACCAAUUGGGCAUAAAGUCACAUUGAAAUAUUAAAAUAAAAAAUCACAGUGAAAAUAAUAUUCAAAUAGGUAAGUUUUGAGGAUUGCCUGUCAGAUUUAACCUCCCUUAUUUUAUUAUCCUUUAAUUUUUUUUUAAUUGGUAAAGUUGGCUGAAAGACAGGGCUUGGCUGAAAGGAAGGGCUUUUCAUACUUUGUCUUUCGGCUUUCUAGUAAAUAGCUCCCUAAUUCUUGUAGAAUUUCAAUAUGGAUACCAAACACUAGUUCUUUGGUACCCUCAAAUAUGGCAAUCCCACAAGUAUACCAAUUUAGGGAGUUCUCUUCUAAACAAGCUGCAGUGGCGGCAAGGAUCAAAAAAAUAAUCAAAUUUCAUCUGAAAAGAAAUGGACAAAACAAAAAUUUCAGCAGCAAUAUUAGGUUACAGGACUUUCGAAAAAGGGCAAAAGGAGGUAAUGCAAGAAUACGGAGAAAAGGUGAGCUUCCUAGGCAAGGAAGUGGAGGUUUCUUAGCCCACAAGAUGACGUUUGGCAAAUCACAUGUGUGUGCCGGCCCGAACCCUCGACCAAUCCAGAUUGGCUGAAUAUCGGAAAAUUCUGCGAAUGGCAAGGAAAUGGUACUGAUGUUUAGGGAAUAUUUGUAUGCAUGUUCUCCAUUGCAUCAGGGUUUUAUUGUUUGUACCAAGUUGAAAAUAGAUUAGCUGGAAUCCCUUGAAGAAUUCUGAUAGAUUAAAAAUGCAUAGGGUGUGGCCAUAUUGUUUACUCAGGAGAUUUGGUGAAGGUAUCAUAGAUCAGCUGUGGAAUUUGAUUUGAUUUAAGUGCAAUAAAAUACUACCAGAACAAUAUGGAUGUGCUCUUCCCUGGGACAAACAUCUGAAAGAAAUUAACAUAAAAUAUCCUCCCCCACUAUGUAUAAAAUAACAUUCCAAGAUCCCACAGUUAUUUUUCUUUUUUCAACAGGAACGAUCAUCUGAAGCUAAGUGGAAUACUGGUGAGGCACACAGGGUGAUGCCUGGGGGAACUGGCCUGAUAGCCUCCUGGGUGGAGAGCUGAGCGGCCAUGCUCCAACCUGCAGGAUUACAGAGCAGCUAGGAGCUGCUUGUUUUAUGCCGAGUUUGGCUACCGGUGGAACUAGAGGGUGGUCCCUAGAGGCCGCAAAUCACUGCCCGAAUAGGAUGCAUGCGCACAGCGGUGAAAUGCCCACCCGGAAGUUUCUGCGUUCCACCAAAGUUCCUAUCGCACUACUGCGCAAUUGGAACUUCAGAAAUUUGGUGCAAAGUUUUACAAAUUUUAUUGUAUAAAGCUGUGCAUGUCCUAUUGAGAGUAUGGAGGCUACUCGGAACGGAUCUCCCAUGUCUCCAGCCCCCCCCCUCCCCACAAGAGUCAGAGGUUAUAGAGGUGAGAUUUAUUUUAUCUCAAUCUUUAAAAUCUCUGCUAAAGUUUUUAUUUUUAAAUAUGUUUUGCAGGUAUGUCUAGUCCUGUCUCUCCUGAAAAUAUGGAAAAAAACAAAGGGACUGCUCCAGUGCCCAGAAAAAUCUGCGUACGAGACAAAGCAUUUUGGUAUGUAGUGAAUGUUCUACACCUCUACCAUAUGGUACAAAGAAAAUAAUCUGCAAUCAAUGUGCGUCCUUAAUGCUGGAAAGAUCUAAGCAACAGGACAUGAAAUCAAUAUUUUAUUUAUUUUUUAAAUAUUGGUUUAAAGACAACCUAGUUCAAACUUUUGAAUCCUUCAAAAGCAAAUCCACCUGCUCCUGUUCAAGUGCCAACUUCUAAAAACCAAACGAAAAAGAUCCUCGUCUAGAUUGUCUUCUGGUGAAUGUUCAGUGUCUGCACUUUCAGACACUUCUAGUGAUUCUUCCCACACAAGGAAUUAAAGAUUUGUUAUAGAAGUUAGUAUUGCUUUACCUGAGGAUAUACCAGAGGAAGCAAUAAAAAUGCCCUACAAAGACACCAACAUAUUCUGGAAUUCAUGAAUAGGGAAUGGAAAAAUACAGAGAAGAGAGCAUUUAUAUCUGGACAUUUCAACAAGUUAGAAGACAGAUGGGAAGACAGUUGUCUAUGUACAGGUAGCACAACUGUCUAAAAAAAAAAAAAAAAUCCAAUUGGGGAAGUUUCUGGCUUGAAGGACCCAAUGGAUAAGAGGUCUUAAACUUCUUGCAGACAGGCUUACCAAGAUGCAGGUUUCCAAAGUAAAGCAGCGAUGGCUAAAGCUCAGACCUACUGGAUUCAGGGAUUAGAAGAUUCAUAGUAGAUCAACAAGAAAAGGAUAUUGUACACAUGUUCAGAAACCUUAAAUUGUUUGAUUACCUUCUGGAUAUAACAGAAGUAAUAAAACUCGUUGGCUCGUAUCAUGGGAUUAACAUCUGUUUCCCGUAUAGCCCUAUGGCUUAAAGCCUGGACGGCCGAUACAGCCUCUAAAGCAGCGCUCUGUGAACUUCCUUUGGAAAGGAGUGUUAUUCGGAUCUCCAAUGAAAGAACUGAUUCGACAGAUGUCUGAAACAAAGAAGGCUCUUCCUCAAGGCAGGAAGUUUUCCUGGAAGCCUAGAUAUAAGAAUUCCCAGUAUAAAAGCUGGAGAGGUUAUCAAGAAAGAUCAGGUUUUUUUUUUUUGGUUUUUUUUUUUUUGUAGACAAAGGAAAGAUCCAAGAUUUUUAACCCUUAAUAGGGAACACAUGGAAUGGACAGGUGCAUUGUAACAAUGCUGAGUGAUACAAAAAAUGGAUACAAAUGCAGAAAGACAAGUCCUGCGCUCACUUCCAUCACUCCUGGGCGGCAGCAACGACCACAGUACACAUAAAGGUAAAUAAUAUAUAAGGGUGUAUAUAAAAAUACCCCUUUCUGUCUCAUUAGAGAUGUUUUUCUUUGUUUUUUACUAUAUAUUGGGGCUGAUGUGUACUGUAGUCUUUGCAGCCGCCCAGUAGUGAUGGGAGUGAGCACAGGACUUGUCUUUCUGCAUUUGUAUCCAUUUUUUGUAUCACUCAGCAUUGUUACAAUGCAGCUGCCCAUUCCAUGUGUUCCCUAUUAAGGGUUAAUAAUAUAUAGGGGUGUGUAUAAAAAAUACCUCUUUCCGUCUCAUUAGAGAUUUUUGCCAGAAGCUCAAGGAAGCAGGGUGAAUGGUUAGAGUUAGGAACCACCUAGGCGGGGGGUCUGUCUUGACAUUGGCAAAUGGGCUUAUCUUCUCAUGGCCAUUGGAGGAAACUAAAAAAAACCUUGAUUUGUUUAAAAAUACUUAGGGAUUAAGAAGAGAGUGCAUGUAACUUGUUUUUCUUUAGUUUUUACUAAAUAUUGGGGUUGAUGUGUACUGUAGCCUUUGCUGCUGCCCAGUAGUGAUGGUAGUGAGCGCAGGACUUAUCUUUCUGUAGAUGUUGGAAGAGCCAUUAGGAUUUAUAUUGAUCGUUCAUCUGGCUUCAAAAGAUCAGACCAUCUUGUUAAUGUUUUGGGAAAAUUUAAAGGUCUUACAGCUUCCAAGACUAGUCUGGUUAGAUGGCAGGUGGAUACCAUAAAAUUGGCUUACACUGGGCCGGGGCUUGACUGGCAUGGCGAGCGGUCGCUUGCAGCAUGAGCUCCUGGAGAUAUCUUCAAUUAUACUCUCAUAAGCGGACUCUUGUAAUGCAAAUCUGACAUCAGAAGACCCUGCUGUGACCCUACCACCCCAGGGCUACUAAACUGGCUAUUGGCUCCUCGUCAACCGGUCAGCAUCUCACUGGACCAAGCUUGAGGCCUAGUUGCAGCCUACCACGCAACACGGGAGAGAGGGAGGCGGCCGAUCCCUCUACCCACAAACUACCGAGAACGCCCUGGUGAGAUCCCGCGAUUCCCCCCUCUGCCGGUUAGGGACAUCCCGGCACCUCACGCUGUAUCCCUACCCCCGGGGCUGACCUGCACACACAGUAUACCCGCCAAGGCUCAGACUUGGCACCCCAUAUGGAGACUGGACGUGAUCCUAAGAAUCAAAACCUGAACCUAAUUGAGGCUUUCGACCACAUCUGCGCAGCAUUUUGGGAACGGAUCAGACUCCGCGCAGAAUCAGCGGCAGCCCUCUCCUCACAGAAGGCAGAAACAGCCACUCCAAAGCACGGCACGCUGGAGGGGACAGAUGAACCCCCUAAACAGCAGCGACAUUCAUUUGAACAUCCGGAAAUGAAAAGUGGGGGGAGACAGGGCCCUCAGCGCAAACAACGCAUCCGCACCCUACAGAGGAGUCGGAAGAGGCGCCCGCGAAACUUGACUCAGAAGGGCUGCUCCACACACGGGCAUGGCACCCCAACCUCCCAGGGACCGGCACCCAGACUCAACCGCCUCUCCAUAACAGCUUACGGAGCCGCUCCUCACCUACCCAGCUGGAACACAAAGAAAAGUUUUUUCCAGGCUAAACGCAAUACCUGCCAUCUCCCUGUACCCACAGGCUCGCCAACUUCCACACUGGAGCGAAAACCUGAGCGACAUGCGGCAGGACUGGCUUGCGACCCCUGAAGGCAUAGGCUGAUGGGGGAAGCACUGCAGGACUCUGGGGGACUCAUGGCACUGGACUGGCUACCUCUCGCAAGGCCAUACUUGCAGAGAGUAACUCAGACAUACACCUGCAUGAGCUUCAAACUACAGUAUGACCACUGUAUACCCCUUGUUAUUGCUUUUCAUCUCCUUUCUGUUUGAAUCCACUGACCAUACUGCAUGUUCACACCCUAACCCUUAGAGAACCCAAUAGUGCAUACAUGAGGGGUCUCCCGGGGGAGUAUAGCAGUUAGUCGCUAGACGUAUCGAACCUUGUCUGUUCAAGCUUGUUCAUAUAAAACCCUUAAAUCUAUUGUCAGCAAGUUAAAUAUGACUCAGUCUCCCAAAAUCUUAUAUCAGAGCUGACAUAAACGCUAACCUUGUGAUUAAUCUGUUAUUACAUAAAAAAUGUGCAAUGUUAUUAUAUGCCACACAAUUGUUCUUCUAUGAUGUCUAAUCAGCUUGCACUCGCUGUUGUGGCGUUGCUUGCCUCCUUGGUUAUCCCAUGCACGAUAAAAUAAAGAAUUUAAAAAAAAAAAAAUUGGCUUACACUUCCUCUAAAUUGCCGUUGCCUACAUCUUUAAAAGCACAUUCAAGAAGAGCUAUGGCUACCUCUUGGGCAGAAAAGGCUCAAGCAUCCCAGAGGAUAUAUGCAGAGCGGCUACGUGGUCUUUAUUCAACACCUUUUGUGAAGCAUUACAGGCUAGACAUAUUCUCUGCCUCUGAAGCAGCUUUCGGGCGUAAGGUGUUACAAGCAGUGGUUGUCUAAUUCCCGCUCUAAGUUUUUUCUGGUAUCGCAUCCCUAGUGUACUGCCACCGUAUAUUAGGAAAAACUGUAAUUCUACUUACCGUAAAUUAAUUUUUCCAUAAUAUGGUGGCAGUAAAGGUUCCCUCUCUUUUUGAUUAAUUUUUGCAGUGUUAGGUCUCUAGUGUUUUAUUGUUACAAACUGUGGGAUCUUGGAAGGUUAGUACUUUAUACCUAGUGGGGGGAGGAUCUUUUAUGUUUCUUUCUUGUCCCAGGGAAGAGUGCAUCCUUAGUGUACUGCCACCAUAUUAAGGAAAAAGGAAUUUACGGUGAGUAAAUAUAUAUUUUUUUAAUAUUGAAUAGAGAACGUUCUGCACUUUUUUUUUUUUUUGUGACCUAAAUAUUCAUGCUGAUUUGGAAAUCUAGUAAGAUUUGAAAUGUACCUAUAUGCAUUUGUGAUUUGUGGUUUGUGAUUGUUCUAUAGUAUUCCUUUUGGGCUUUAUUAUUUUCUAUUUUUAAAGUACAAAAAAUUUCUUAGAGUUGUACAAUUGGUUGACUAACAUAUGUAUUUGCAACAAGACGAGCUGGAAGGUGUUGAGUGCCCUAGCUAGAGGCAUGAGGUGAGGGUAGGAUGUAUUUCAUGUACGGGAAAAGUGAAGUACUUGUUUUUUGGAUGACACGGUUGCAAGAGAGAAAGCAGGGUGGGUAACCAAGGUGCGGGGAGGGAAAGCCAUUAAUGGUUUAAUUGAUAUCCUUUCCUAAAGAAGUGAGUUUAUAAUGAUCUUUUGAAGGAACUGAGAAUGGGUGAGUGUCUAACGCAGCAGGGAAGGGAAAUGCAGCCCUAGAAAAGUUUUGACGGUCGGCGUCAGAAGUGAGAGUACAAACAGCUAAUAGACAGAUCUUCGGCAGAGCUUAGGACCCUGGAAUGGACAUAAUGGUGUAUCAAUGAGGAUAGGUAGGUAAGAGAAGCGUUAUGUAAAUAUUUGUAAGCAAGUACCAGAGUUUUAAAUUGAGCCUUGUAUAUGUUACGUGAAGCCAGUGUAAAGACUGACAAAGGGUUGAGGCAUGGGAGCUGAGGGCAGACAGUAAGAUGAGCCUUGCAGCCGCAUUCAUUAUAAAUUUGUAUUGGAGCAAACCCGUAAGACCACUGAGAAGCGAAUUGCAGUAGCCAAGGCACCCUGGCCACAUCAAGUGUUAGGUCCAAGCACAAGCUCGGUUUUUGAGAUAGAAACUACAUGAUUUGCCAAGUGACUGAAUCUGAGGGACGAAGGAGAGGUCUGACUCAAAGAGAACUCCAAGGCAGCGAGCCUGCGAGGUAGAGCUGAUGGUAAUGCCAUUGACGUGGUGGGAGACCAACAUGACCCUUGAGGGCAGAAAGACGAGAAGCUCUGUUUUGGACAGGUUAAGUAAGAGUAUAAACAGCCAUCCAGUUCGAAAUUGCAGUCAGAGACACGAGUCAGAAAGGAUGGUAAGAAAUCGGGAGAGGACAUAUGUCUCAUCUGCAUAGAAACUAUAUUGGCAGCCAAAAGAGCUGAAGAGUUUACCAAGGGAGGUAGUGUAGAUCGAGAACAGUAGGGGACCGAGGACAGAACCUUGGGAAACGCUGACGGAGAGGGGUUGCGGAGGAGAGAAAUAACUAGUAAAAAUACUGGCAGAGCACUGGGAGAGGUAGAACCAGGAAAGAGCAGAGUCUCAUAGACAAAGAUUACGGACGAUGAGAAGUUGUUAAUGAACAGUGUAGAAAGCAGCAGAAAGUUCAAGUAGAAUUAGGAGAGUAGUAACUGCUAGAUUUAGCAGCAAUUAAGUAGUUACAUAGCAAAAGAGACUUGUGUCCAUCAAGUUCAGCCUUCCUCACAUAUGUUGUUGCUGUUGAUCCAAAAGAAGGCAAAAAACCUAGUCUGAAGCGCUUCCAAUUUUGCCACAAACUAGGAAAAAAUUCCUUCUUGACCCCAAAAUAGCAGUCAGAUGUCUCCUUGGAUCAAGCAGCUAUUACCCCACUAAUUAGAAAUUAUAUCCCUGUAUGUUAUGUUUUUGUAAGUAUUUAUCCAAUUGCAGUUUAAACCUCUGUAGUGACUCUGACAAAACCACCUCUUCAGGCAGAGAAUUCCAUAUCCUUAUUGCUCUUACUGUAAAAAAAACUUUUCUUUGCCUUAGAUGAAAUCUCCUUUCUUCCAGCCUAAAUGUGUGACCUUGUGUCCUAUGUAUAGCCCUGUUUAUGAAUAGAUUUCCAGAUAAAGGUUUGUACUGGCCCCGAACAUAUUUGUAUAAAGUUAUCAUAUCUCCUCUCAGGCGCCCUUUUUCCAAAUUAAACAGAUUUAAUUUUUUUAACCUUUCUUCAUAACUAAAAUGCUCCAUUCCUUUUAUCAAUUUCCUUUUAUCAAAGUCUCUGGACUUUCUAGUGCCAUGAUAACUUUCUUUAGAACAGACGCCCAAAAUUGCACAGCAUAUUCAAGGUGUGGUCUUACCAGCAAUUUAUAAAGAGGCAAAAUUAUAUUUUCAUCCCGAGAAUUUAUGCUCUUAUUUAUACAUGACAAAACCUUACUGGCCUUAGCAACUGCAGAUUGACAUUGUAUAUUGCUGCCUAAUUUGUUAUCUAUAACAAUUCCCAAAUCCUUCUCGUGUGUGGUUAUCCCUAAUUCACUACCAUUUAGUGUGUAAGUUGCUUGUGCAUAACUUUGCAUUUCUCUACGUUAAAUUUCAUCUGACAUUUUAGUGCCCAGUCCCCCAAUCUAUCCAAAUCCCUCUGCAGCAAAGCAAUAUCCUGCUCACAUUUUAUUACUUUACAAAGUUUUGUGUCAUCUGCAUACACUGAUACAUGGCUUCCAAUGCCUAUUUCAAGAUCAUUUAUAAAUUUGUUAAAUAGAAGUGGUCCCAAAACAUUACCCUGAGGGACACCACUUACCACUUUUGUCCAGCCUGAAAAUUUACCAUUAAUUACAAAUCGUUGUACUCUAUCCUUAAGCUAAUGUUCUACCCAAGAACAAGAAUAAUCAUCUAGACCAAUUUCUUUUAGUUUGAAGACUAACCUAUUGUGAGGACCCGUAUCAAAUGCCUUGGCAAGAUCCAAGUAGAUCACAUCCACUGCAACACCCUGAUCUAUACUUCUACUUACUUCUUCGUAAAAUGCAAUUAGGUUAGUUUGACAUGACCUGUGUUUCAUAAAACUAUGCUGAUUAUUGCUAAUAAAGUUUAGUUGGAUACUUUGUCGAAAAGGACCUGAUCAGUGAUUAGUGCAGAAUCUGGACUGAAGCAGGUUGAGCAGAGCGCUGCGUUCAAAGAAGUCUGUCAAUUCAGUGUACACAACUCUCUCGAGGAUCUUGGAGGCAAACCGUAGUAGCGAAAUAGGGCAGUAAUAGGAUGGCAAGUAAGGGUCAAUGUUUGGCUUUUUUAGAAACUGCAUGGUGCUUGAGGGGUUACAAAGGACAAUGUAAAGAACUGUGAACAAAGAUCUAAUUAUAAAUUUGUCAAACUUUUAUUUACAAACCUGACUUUUCCUUUUUGAGACAUGGACUUAUUUUUUGUUCCCACCCCCAAAUUUAAUUGUUUCGAAGGGGUUAAAAAUUUCUAUAUUUUUGGCAGAAAACUUGCACUGCAUGCCAAUUUUAAAGAAAUCUGAGGGAGAGACUUGCAGUAUUGCAUCUAGAAACUAACGAUUAUCAACACCUUAAAAACCUUGUCUCCUUGUUGGAUGAACAAGAUAAAUCUCACCGUAACACCACAUUGAGACCAAAGAGUACCUUCACUUGUCCACUUAGUGUUUGUCAAAUUGGUGUGUAAAAAAAUUGAAAAUCUCAUGAAAAAACAAACUUUCGAACAUCAUACUCGUUCAAGGUGAGAACGAAGGGCAGUACAUGAACUAGUAUUGGGAAAAAAACAUCUGAUAAGGGAGGCAACAUAGUCCUGAUUGAUCAUAUUCCAUACAUUAAUAUGUAUAUGGAACACCUGAAGAAUACAGAAAGAUAUCAACUUUUAAAUAGUGAGGCUUGUUGAGGAACUGAGGGAACUCCAUUUAGAAGCCCUAGAAAAUGGGACAAUCACUAAAAUAAAUAUCAAUUCGUGUUUAAACGAAAACCAACAAUGGCCACUAUGUACUGUCUCCCCAAAAUCGGCAAAAACAUGAAAAAAUUCCCAGGACGUCCGAUCAUUGACCGAAAACUGCAAUAUUUUUUUUAAAUUUAUUUUUAAUAUAAAAUCCUACAUUCUCUAGUGGUUCAAACACCCUCCUAUAUACAAGACACGGGCUAAGCAAUAGAAAGGCCAUCUCAUGUAAAUUGUACACCUGAUUCACAGUUGGCGCGUUUGGAUGUAGUGUCCCUCUACUCCAAUAUUCCCCCAUGAGGUAGUAUUGACAGCAUGCAGAUACCUUGUUACAUUCCAUAUGUACACUGACUAAAUGUGCACCUUUAUCAUUAAACUGACGACUUUUUUUUAUUUUGAAACAAUAUUUUCACAUUUAGCAGAAAAAUCUAUGUACAAACUCUGGGGACAGCCAUGGGCACUUUUGGUGGGGCAACUUUUCAUUUACCAUAAGACAAACUAUGAUACCAAUAUUAAAAUCUGGUAUCUUUGCAUAGAUUUGCCUCUGGGAUGGUCAGAAAUCUUUUUCAAACAUGGGUCACCUCCUUAAUUUAUUUAUUUUGUAUGUGCAAGUUAUUAUAAUAAAGUGCGCAGUGCCACAACAACUGCUAUGCGCAAUUCAGAUAUUAUAAAGAUCAGUCUACUGUGUAGAUUCUUUUUGCCGCCCGGCUUGGUAUUUAAAUCUGUUAAACCCCUCCUCCGGAUGUCGUCAGCUCGUCCGUAUGGGGGAGAUACAGCUGUCGCUUGUUUCUUCGUUACGUGUUCCAAGCCUCGUUUUCGACCGCAAUAGCGGUCAUGUGAGCGUUCCACUGAAUCUUAUUUGCGUUCCACAGAAAAACUGAAAAUCAGCGUCUGCGUUCCAACAGAACGACGUUCUCAAUGGGGUGCUGGACUAGUCAACAUAAAAGGGUCAUACCGUAUCCCUCGUGCCAUACAUAGAACAGAACAUAAAAAGAGCAUGUAUCAUGUUCUUAUUUCUUUUCAAUAUACACUUUACAUCCAGUCAGAAAAAUAAUAAAUAUAAAUAUAAAAAAAAUAUAAAAAUAAAAUAAAAUGAAAUAAAAUAAAAAUAAUAAUAAUAAUGAAGAAAAUAAAAAUAAAGAAUAAUAAAAAUAAAGAUAAAAUAAAAAUAAAAAAUAAAAAUAUGAAAUAUAAAUACAAUACAGAUAUUGACUGAUUAGAUUUGUUUGGCAUGUGUAACAUUUUGCACACGUUUAUUUAUUUUUUAAUAAAAUGCAAUAAAUGAGAAAAUUUUAGAUUCAUAUGGCAUGACUUUGAGCAAGAAACAUGUAUAACUAAAAUAAUGAUAUGAAAUAAAGUGAAAAAAACCCACUGGUAGUUGGCAUGUGGUAUCCGGGUGUAAACUGAGAGGCAAAUGGAUGCUGCUUAGAGGCCGUCUACCCCCAGUGUUAUGCCAUCCAAGGUGGGCACAUUACGGUGAAACGGUCCCAGCUGGUUUCCCCACCAGCCCCAGCCAUCCCUAUGAAAUAAUGUACCAUGUUCACAGCACCAGCCGAACCCAGCGACAAGUGCAGGAUUUCUGGACCCUCUUCCAGGGAGUUGCCUCACCUGCAGGUUGUGGGCAGUGCCCACAUCCUCCACAACCUGCUGAACCCCAUCGGGUCGUAUGCUAGGUGAGUGGCGAGAGAACCGGGAGCCGGUCAUCCAGCGGUAGGGCUUCCUUCUCGCUCUCUUCCAUAGCUUCCAUCUCUGCAUCGGAUAAAGAUUGCUCCUCCAGACAGGCUGCAAAUGGUUAGGCAUGCUUGUGGUGUCUGGGUCGGAGCUGAUCUCAGCCCUCAUUGGCCCAAUAUGUUACCCAAAGGUGAUCUAGGGAAUGUGAGAGGCUUGUAGCAGAGAAUAUCUGCGUUUUCACAGGCUGUGGAAGGCUCAAGUCUGAGCAGUGGCCAUCUUUGAUGUUAGGCCUCGGGUUCUCAGCUUCUCUGGAGCGGUGCAAUAUUUUGCAGAGCACUGUAUAGUUUACCAGUGGGCACCGGAUAUCCCUCACCAGUCGGGGGGUUGGGGGGGGAGGAACGGCACAGAAACGAACAGGAACAAUUCAGGUUGGAGGAUCAGCCGCUUCACCCUUCCCAACUGCUCCUGCAGGCCGCCGAAGCAGUCAACCUGUGUGUCACUGAGGCAAUCACUAUGUGUGUCAAGAAAUAUAUCAAUCGAUCGGCAAUGUGUUCCCCAAAGUAUAUAUCUGGGUGUCAGGCAUGGUUUUCUCGUGGUGCCGGUUAAAAGUCUGCAUAAUCAAGUUGUCUCCGGGAGAAACUGUUAUGUGCGUCUGCUCCGGAACUUGUAGAGUUACCAUCCAGAGCCAAAAAAAUAAUUCCCUACGGGCAAUUUUUAAGACCCCGUAGGAAUUGCGCAACGGAUGGGGUCUUCAUUCGAGAGGCGAAUAUCCUCAAAACCUUACAGAAAGGCCAUCCAAAACACCUACUAAAGCGUCUUUUAAUCAGACCAAAAAUGGUGAGGAACUCCCCUCAGAAUCAUCUCAAACAGGGGAUGAUCAUAUUGUGAGAUGUAUCUCUAGGUUCUGUCCAGGUUGGUAACCAAUAAGGGAUAUAAUUGCAGAAUGUUGGCCCGUUUUAUAAUAACCUCACCAACAAGGGCAUCACAGAAUUCCCAUUGAUGACAGCCAGGAGAGCUUCUAAUGUCAGUGGCAUAUUAGUGCACAAUCACCUCUCUUCACCACAAAAACCGUGAUUGUGGCUUACACCCACACAGGGAGUCUUAAGAUCUGGCUUAAACUUUCAAGCUGCAAUCUUCUAUCAAUUGUUCCUAGUUCAAUGUAGUAUAUUUGGCCAACUGAAAAUUUGGAACAGUAUAUUGGCAAAACUACACAACUGCGCAGCAGAAUUCUAUAACAUAUCAAUGCUCAUAGUGACAAACCUAUUGCACGCCACAUUCACAGCUUCCAUGGUGGCAGUGCAGCUAUUGAAAGGGUUAAAACUUCUGCAAGAGGCCUUGACACCAAUCCUAAACGUUUAUAGCAAGAAUCCAGAUGGAUAUACACUUUUAAAACUCUAUCUCCAUCAGGUUUAAAUGAAGAGUUUACUUUGUUUGACAUCACGCGCAGAUUGGGAUUACAUUGUCUUUUUGACUUAUUAUAUAAUUCAUUCACUACAUUCACUUUUAUUAUAUUAUUUGGGGAUAAUUAUUUAUGAUUUAUAUUCAUAUGUACUCCAAUACAAGGUGUAAUAAGGAGUUUUCUUACCUUUUAAUACUAUAGGGUCAGGAGUCGCCUAUAACAGGGGUUCCUAAUUAACUUUUCCCGUGGAACCCAAAAAUAUUUUUGGCGCCGCAAUGCAGAUCGUAAACACAUAGUAGUACUUAGAUGUGUGCUUUGUGUGUAUAGUUGGUGUUUGUAUAUAAUGUUAGUGUUUUCAUACAGGGGUGUGUUUGUGAAUAAUGAUAGCGUUUUGAUACAGGGGUGUGCUUGUAUAUAGUGUUGGCUUUUAUAUGCGGAUGUACAUUUGUGUGUAGUAUUAGUGUUUGAGUGAAGGAUGUGUUUUUAUAUAAACUAGAAAUUUGAAUCCAGUUUUUUUUUUUUUAUAUAAUGUUCGUGUAUGCAGGAGUGUGUUGGUUUGGAUUGCUGGGAUGUAUACACAUAUACUGCCAUGUACGUACGUAGAGACACACACAUAAGAACGUUGACACAGACACAAAGAUACACACCUAGACACAUGCACAGAUCUUGACACACAGAGACACACACUCAGAUACACACAGUGACACACACUCAGAUACACACUGACACACACUGAUACAGACAUACUGAUAUAUAGAUAUAUAUAUAUGUGUGUGUAUAUGUAUAUGUGUAUAUAUAUAUAUGUCCUGAUGAAAGUCCACGACGAUGGACUGAAACGUUGACCUCUUGACCAACUGGAUUAAAAGGUUUUUUGCAUUUUUUCUAGCAAAUUGAAAGUCCUUGAGUGCUGACUCUUUUUUGAUAGAUAUAUAUAUAUAUAUAUAUAUAUAUAUAUAUAUAUACACACACUCCGAGACACGCACCUUGACCCACAGAUAUACACAAUGGCACAUCCAAACAUAUACACACACUCCAGUACAGAUACUGGCACAUCCAAACAGAUACACUCAGAUGCACACCUUGACACACAGAUACACACUGUCAUAUAUACACAUACACACACACAAUCUGAAAUACAUGAGAGCCACCCUCCAGUUAACUUACUUGUGGUCCUGGUGAUGUUGACUGAGGCUGAUCAGAGUGAGCUGCUGCAUGCUCACUCCUGCCUCUCCUCUGCCAUGCAUGCUGCUAUGCAUGCUCUCUGGGCUGCCGUGUCCGGCCUCAAACUCCCUCCCUAGUGCGGCAGCAACUCUGUGAAGCUGGGAGGAAGUGACAGCACUUCUUCCCAGCUGGCCGACCAGGCCCCUGUUAAGCGAUACAAUCGCGGCAGCUAUUUUGUAUGUCGAAAUUACAUUUGUAACUUCUGCAGAACACCAAUUGGGAAACGCUGCCCUAUAGUGUUCCUUUAACUAUUUGCCUGUCUGCAGUUCUAGCAGAUAUUGCAGAUAUUGUUUUUAUUCAAUAUAAAUUUCGGCAUGGGUUUCAUCUAUCGGGCAGUGUCCAAUCCAUUGCAGCUUGAUUGCAUCCUGUGAAUCACUGCCAGUCAUUUUCUUGGUGGAGCAUAAUAUGCAGCCACAGAGAUGAUCUCUGUAAGAGGAAAAAGUAAGUAAAAUAUUGAAUUUGGUCUGAAUUUCAGAUGGACUGAAAGCUGAAAUCUGGACCAAAUUCAGGCCCAAAAUGAGCCUCAAUUGCAAAACACAGACAAUUUAAAAAAAUAUAUUUUUAUGAACUCUAUAGCAUUAAGAAUACAAAGUUACUUCCUUACGCUAUAGUUAUGUAGUGGCUGUUUAGAUUACUUGCCCUCACCUGCAGGGAGAGAAUUUAUUUUAUUUUUACUCCCUUGCAGCACCAGUCUCUGUGGCUGGCCCCGUCUCCGUGGCUGAGAUCAUAGAUAUGGAUGAUCUCUCUAGUGCACAUGUGUGGCAAAAUGCCACACUGUGCCAGUCAGAUGGGCUAUUUGAGAAAUACAGAAGAGCCUCAAUGUCUGGUUCAAAGCCACUAGAGAUGCUUAAAAUAACCUAAUGAAAAGUUAUAGUUCUGCAUUGAGAUGAAAUGAUCUGGUUGUCUAUAGUGUCUGCUUUAAAUCGUGUGAACAAUGUAUGGAUUUAUCAGUCCAGAUUGCUUUUGCCCCGUUCGAUAUGGAGUACUCGGACAUUGGUGAAUAACCAUAUAAGUGAAGUAAAUAGUUAACAUUCUACUCUUGAAGGUGUAAAUAACACUUUUUCAGUCAUGUUUAAUGUCAUGUAUUAGGUUUAGCAGUAAAUUACUUUAUACUUCUCACUCCUUUGUUUUAAUAAGCAUAACAUUUAAAUAUAUGGUGAUUGAGUUAUCUAUAUCAUAUGGUUAUUGCUAAGAAGUUGCCUUUGCAGCUAGCUUGAUUGCUUGCCAUGAAUCUGUUAACGUAGUCAUAAACAGUCAUGGCAAAAAUAAAGUACACCCUCUUUGAAUUAUAUGGUUUCACAUGUCCUGACAUAACAAGUAUCUGUUCCUUAGCUGGUCUUAAAAUUAGGUAAAUACAAUAUUAGGGGGCAGCGCAGCCGCCAUUUCACUGCGCUCCAUCUGAGACUAUAAAAGCCUGAUUUUAGAGCUCUAAACCCCUCUCCCAGCCUGCAAACUGCUCACACUCCAUGGAGUAAGCACCCCAGAGGCAACCUAUGCUGUUCGUGCAACCGGCAAGAGUAAAAAGGCAGAAGCGCAGGCCCGGGGCCUACAAGCACACUCAGAGCCUGAACUGGUCGGACCUGCUUGACAGCUUGGCGCCUCAUGGGGAGCCGGAGGCUGAAUAUUAUCCAGGUGCUUACACAACACCCCUGGCACAGAUCGUCAGACUGUCCCAGAAGCCCCUCAUGGUUCCACAAUCAGGAUCCAGAGACAGAAGGGCAUUAUUGCAGCUACACCAGCCAGCCAAAAUGACGGACAAGGCAGAUCACAGAACUGCAAUGACACCUGUGGAGCCUGUACAACCGGACCCACCACCUAAGCAGGUACCUGGCACAACUGAGGGCUCAGAUUGGUCUGCACCGGUCACACAACU